AUGAUGUAUGCGACCAUGUCCUCGUCGCCGCGAUCUCGAGUGCCCUCGGUUGUUCAGGUCUUGGUUACCGUGGCUGUCAUUUUUGCCGCUCAUGCCCAAGCAAAGUUUCUGAAAGCGGAUCUGAAAUGGCCUGGCUUUCGGAAGUUCCAAGACGACCUUCAACCAAGCCUCACCGAUCUGCUGGCGUUCAGAGAGCCUGACAAUGACCCGACAUUUGAGAAGGCUAUACACGUGGUCAAUAACCUCGCCAGCCAAUCCACCUGCCAUCAAGCAGCCGCGGCUCAGUUGCUGAUUACUUGUAAAACUGCUGGCACAAGCCUCAGCCGGGAACAAGGGAAACAUGAACUACUAGAGAGAGCCCAGUCAGUCUACGCUGUCAGAGUGGCUGUCUGCGAGACUGGGGAGGGCAGAGCAGCAGUUCCCUCCCCUUGCAAGCCUAUACUCGACAUCCCUCAGCGACUUGAUCACGAAAUUGAUGUGGUCAACAGCAAAGUUUUGGCUUCUUGUCUCGAAGCGUUGAUUGCGGAACAUUAUUACUGGACGAGCUACAGCAACAACAGACAGGAUGCCAACACUCUGUGUCAAGCCACCACCAUCGAGUCCACCAGAUUGGAAGCACUUCGGUCCUAUCAAAAGCUGGCGCAACUCCUUCCAGAGUUUCGUGAUGCGUUCGGAUCCACUCGGUCUCAGUGGUUGACUUUCCUGAAAGAGCAGCAGCAUGAGAUGCGGCAUGUGAGCAAGCUUCUGCAGGAAAAUCAGGACGAACGUCAAGCACAGCAUAGACAUGAGCUUAACACCUUCCGUGACGCGAUGAAUAGGGCUAAAGAGGGCUUACAUGACGCAUUUCAGACUCUAAAGGGAGCUAUGGCUGGCACAGACGCGCAUGUGACCCAUACCAGUGAGGCUCUUGGACACAUACUUGCUGAUUCGGCCAAACUGCGAGAUCUGCUGCGCGAGGCAAUCACAACCACUGGCAAGCAAUCCGCUGAGGUGGCUGCAGCCCAAGAACAGGAGAUGAACAACGUUCGUGAGCUUGCCCUUGCUACUACAAGAGCUCUGAAGAACAUACAGGCCGAUGCAGUGGUCCAGGAUGUCGGUGAGCUUCUUUAUCGUGUUAGGAACAGUCUUGAUGAGAUCUCUGGUGCUCAGUCGACGCAAUUAGCGCGCGUAGGGCAUCAUCUGCAACUCAGCGAAGAACUGUCUGCAGCCUAUAGGGCUAAUCUUGCUUUGGGCGAACGGAUGAAACAUGUCUCUGCGUCUCUUGCGUCCGAACUCGACACUGCAAGUGCUACCGCCGGACGAGUGUCCUCCAAACUUGACAGAGUCAAUCAAGUGUUGACGCGUGUUGAAGCGGCGUCUGCUAUUCUCAGCUCACUUUUCGCCGUCAUCACUAUACCAUGCCAGAUGGCGGAGCAUCUUCAUUUAAGGUUACUGGGCCUCUUUGCGAUGCCGGCAUUACUAGCGUCUUUCUGGAAGCCAAGAAAGUAUUCAUAUAUACUGAUGGCUUUCUACGUAUUCCUCGAAAGUCUCAUAUCCUUAGUCGCCGAAUACCACGACAAAAUCAUCGCUUGUUUGCAGCACCUAAGCCACCAAUCUCGAGCGAUGAUAUGGAAAUCUGGAUUCAACGUCUAUUGCAAGCAAUUAGGGAUUGCUGCGUCAGGGAUGGUCAUUCUCCUCUGUUGUUUUCUGCUGGGCACGCACCAUACCCCACCGAAGUCAAAAGCCACCUUUCCUCUAAAGUCUAUCGAAGAAGUUGAAGACCUUCCUAUUGCAAAACGAUUUUACUCGGAAGACAGGUUACGGAAUGGCAAAAGUUUGCGGCUCCCCAGAGACCGCUACCGACGGGCGGCAACGGUCUGCUAG